AUGACCUGUAUGGGUUGGAUCGUGCCCGGCCAGUCCGACGGUGUCGAAGCUGCGGCCUUCGACCUCCCGGUCGGAGCCAUCAGCGACGAUAUCGCAGAGGGGUGCCAAUUGAUCCGUGGCCGAGGGCCUAGGCGAGAAGUCCCUGUGGUCGGUCGUGACAGCACUAGGAAGUGUCAGAGUCCAGGCUGUUGCUUCACCCACCAGCUGGGAAAUUCUUUGGACCACCGCAGGCAGACGCGAGGCUCUAUGCUGUCUCCCUUGCCGAAUGACGCGGGUGCUCCCACGAAUUGCCCUGCAGACGACCGGCUGCCGGAGCGACAGAGGGCUGCAUCGUAA